AUGAGCUACGUUCGCCGAGACUCUAGCGGAUCGGUGACAUCGGCCGGCAUCAUGCACCACCAGAGCAAGCUGGACGUCUUCAUCAUCAAAGCGCACCGGCUGCUGUCCAACGGGGCCGCAAUCAACGGCGACGACGUGAGCCUUGUGAACACGGGGUCCAGUUCGAGCUCGCCCCAGGGCGGCGCGGGAGCUGCGGGCGGCACCGGCGCAGGCAGCGCCGCUGCCAGCGGGGCCAGCCCGCAGCAGGACCUGGCGCUGUUCCAGCGGCUGUCGCAGCUGUACAACGCGACGAUCUCCACGAGCCUGUUGGACGACAACUCGACGUCGCCCAAGUCUGCGAUCGAGCUGUACCAGCGGUUCCAGCAGAUCCUAAAGGAGCUGGAGCUCAGCUACGACGUCAGCCCUUACGGCAAGUACUUCCGGCGCCUGGAGAACGGCAUGUGGCAGAUCAGGGACGACUCCGAGCUGGUGAGCGAUCAGCUGUGGCAGCUCGUGUCCGUCUCGAUCAGCACCGUCUACGACGCCAAGACGGGCCAGAUGCUGAACCAGACGCGCCGCCGCGUCAACAGCAUGGCGACCUCGUCCAAGAACUCGCCCUCUGAGGUGAUCGACCACACACUGCCGCAGCAGCUGCAGAAAAGGCUCCAGAAGCUCCAGCAAGACAACAAACACAACUACUACACGACGCCCGCGAGCCCGUCUCUCGCGGUCGCACCCAACAGCAACGGCAGUGGCAACGCCAACGGCGGUGCAAACGGCAUGGCCAACGGCAUGGUCAACGGCACCACUAACGGCAUUGGCAUCGGCAUCGGCACGGGCGCUGGGGCCGUGAACCGGUCCUCCAGUUCCGGUAGCACACCGCUCGGCAAGCGCAAGUACGUGGGCAUCGGCACGCCCGACGAGGACGCGGUCGAGGAGCUCCUGCAGCUGGCCACCAAAAAGCCCAGAACCGACCUGCCUACCAUUGAUGAAGAUAUUCCACAACAAACACUGCCAUCCAGGGCCCUCACGUCCAAAGAAGCUGACCUCUACGACCGGCUGCUGCGCGAAAAGGACGAUCGGGUCAAGCAGCUCGAGGCCGACCUCGAAUCCCAGCGCCAGGAGACGCUAUGGCUCCGCAAAAUGCUGCUAGAGGAUCUGGCUUGCAUAAGGAGCAUGCUGCACAAGAAAGCCAGCCCCGGGAGGUCGUGA